CCUUCAGACAUCACUCUGUCAGUGUUUACGGUCACAUCAAAGAGUAUGACAGUGCAGUGGAGUGGACAUACUGGUGCUAGCUCAUACAAGAUCACAGCAACACCCAAGAACUCUCCAGAGCGGCCGGUCUUUGCUCAGUUCAGUGGGAACUCUGUGAUGGGCUCAGUCAACUCCCUGUCACCAAACACGGUGUACACCAUGCAGUUAGAGGCCAUGGACAAUGCUCUCAAUGUCCUCAGCAGUGCAGCAACUGAGGAGACAACAGCCCCUGAAGUCCCCAGCAUUGAGCAGGCCUACUCCAAGCACAGCGACAGCAUCACUGUGGAGUUCACAGAGGUUUACGGGGCAACCAGCUACAUCUUGAGGGCAGAGUCGCAGGCCGGAGAUUUUUUCUUUGAGACAGAAGUGAGAGGUUCCCCAGGCACCGUCGUCCAGCUCCAGCCCUACACUGGCUACAAACUGAGCGUCAUGUCCGUCAACAAAGGGGGGCGGAGCCAGCCCUCAUACCCCAUCAAGGCCAGGACAGUGGUGAUGGCACCCAAGUUAAACACCACCUCCCCCAGCAACGACACCAUCCUUGUGACUUGGUCCCCUGUUAAACAUGCUGUCUUCUACACGCUCUGCAUCAUCCAAGAGGGCUCCAGCACCCGCCUCAAACUGAACACCACUGACAUCACAGUGACCUUUGAUGCCCUCCAGGCAGGGACAACCUACUGUAUCAAGGGCACGGCCUGGGACUCUGAGGGUCGCGCCGGAGACGACCUCACCGUCUGCCAGAUCACGCGUCCACCAAGCCCAGAUGUGACUCACAUUCAGGUGACUCAGGGUCGGUCUCUUGGGAUCGCUGUGUACUGGGCUAAGGUGCAGGGAGCGGAGAUGUACCUGGCCUUGACCUCUAAUAGCCAAAACUGUAGCACAAUCAGCAUUGGUUACUGUAGCAUCUUUCCUGUGGAGUGUGGCCAGAACCACUCUGUCUCUGUCACAGCCUAUAAUUCAGCUGGACCGAGCAGCCCCUCGCAACCAGCAGACUACAUCACAUACCCGUGUCCCCCGGAGAACAUCUGGGUGGAGGAGCCCAAAGCAGGCAACUGCUCAGUGGUGUGGGAUGAAGUGCCGCUGGUGGAGUACUACAUGACCUUCAUAAAGAGGGACGAUGGCACAGAGAAGUCGUGUAACACCACUGGAACCACGUGCCCGUUUUUCUGCAUGUGUGGCUACACUUACCUCACCACUGUCUUCCCCUACAACCAGGCUGGCUCCAGCCCUUCUGCACAUGUCCGCAACUACACCACCAUUCCUUGUUGCCCACAGGGUGUUUCCGUGAACCUGGUUUCCACAGAGACUCUGGAGAUCACAUGGUCACCGGUCAAAGGGGCAGAGCUGUACGAGACAACGGCAACACAGACCAAUGAUGUCAUCCACUGUAAUGACACAGCACCGGUCUGUGCACUGUCUGACCUGCAGUGCAACACAGCUUAUUCUGUGGUGGUCACACCCUGCAGCGAGUUACGAGGAUGCAACCGCACCUGCACACCACACACACAUGAGACAGCUCCGUGCGCCCCAGAGAUCCUGAAUAUGACGCAGUCCGACAGUUCCUCAUACAGAGUCCUCUUCACCAACCCCAACACUCAAAACACAAAUUACACCAUCACUGCCGUCGGACGCUAUGACAAACACACUUGUAAUACAAGAAACAGCUCCUGUGAGCUCACACAGCUGCCCUGUGGUUCAACCUAUGACGUCAUGGCAGUAGCCACCACAGCUGUAGGAAGGAGUCUACCUGGAUACAGUAAACCUUUGGAAACAGGUCCUUGCUGCCCCACAUCUGUGAAUGUGACCCAGGUCACACAGGCUAUGACCAACGUGACCUGGUCAGCCGGCCGUGGAGCUCGUUCCUAUAUCACCACACUGACGUCAUCACGUGGACAUGCUAAGUGCCACACUCUGGACACCCACUGCCUGAUGGGAUGCAUCACCUGCGGCACCAACUACAGCGUCCAUCUGGAGGCCAUCAGCAGCACCGGACACAAGUCAGAGUGCAAAUAUCAUGGAUUUUCAUCAAAUCCCUGCUGUCCAACAAGUGUCAAGCUCUAUCGCAGGGCCAACAACUCCCUGAGGGUGUACUGGCGGUCUUUGGGUCCUCGGAUCCAGAACCAUACAGUAGAACUGUAUGGGACGGGAGCCAACUACACCUGUAUCGCAGCUGCUGGCAGCAUAUACUGUGAUAUCCAGGAGGAAACCUGUGGGGACGUCUACACAGUAGUGGCUGCACCGGUGGGACAGGACGGGAUCAAACUUAGCUUCUGUCAACCGAGGACAUACUCAGUUCCCUGCCCGGGAAGUAAUGCUGGUAUGGUGAUCUCUCGUGGAAGACGAAGCGUGCAUUAA